AUGGAAAACGACACCGCCAUGGACGUGGAGAGCGAGCAGGAGUACGACAUCGACAAGAUCCGGUUGUUGCCCGGACUGGCGGAAGACGGCACAGCGCUGUCGUUUCAGAUUGUGGAGUUUUGCGGCUACUCGAUUCCGCACCCGCUGGAGAACAAGUUGAACGUGAGAAUCCAGACGUACGGCAACAUCACGGCGUUGGAGGCGUUGCACCAGGGCAUGGACAACUUGAGCGAGUUGUGUGGGCAUGUUGAGGAGGCUUUUACGGAGAAGGUGGAGGCUGGGAGGUAUGCCAGUGAGGAGCCCUAG